AUGACGUUUUUGAGGAGGCUGGAGGCGAACUUGGACUUCUUGCUGGUCCCCCCCCCGCCGCCCUCCGCCGCCGGCUCCCCGCCGCCCGCCUCGGGGGGUGGCCCGGCCCCGGGGGCAUCGCCGAGGUCCAGCAGGGUCACCACCCGGGAGCCCGCCCGCAGCCGCCGCGGCGCCUCGACGUGGGCGAUCUCCCCGUCGAGCUUGCUGACCACGAACUCGAGGGCUUUGCUCUGCGAGCGGCCGGAGCGCAGCAGGCUGGGCUCGGCUCUCGGCCCCAGGCUGCCGCACUUGAGGUCCAGGUGGUACCAUGAUAAUCUUACCCGACAUGCAGCAGAAGCGCUGCUGCUUUCCAAUGGGCAGGAUGGAAGCUAUCUCUUGAGGAAGAGUAAUGAAAGGGAAGAUUUGUACUCCCUCUCCGUAAGGGGAAAAGAUUCUGUGAAACACUUCCAUGUUGAACAUACAGGAACUUCAUUCAAAUUUGGUUUUAAUGAAUUUUCUAGCUUGAAGGAAUUAGUCACGCAUUUUGCAAAUCAGCCUUUAAUUGGAAGCGAAACAGGAACCUUAAUUGUAUUGAAGCAUCCCUACCCACGGAAAGUGGAAGAACCUUCCAUUUAUGAAUCCGUCCGAGUUCACACAGCAAUGCAGACGGGAAGGACAGAAAGCGACCUUGUUCCAAAUGCUCCCUCACUUGGUACAAAAGAAGGAUAUUUGAUAAAACAAGGCAAAAUAGUCAAGAAUUGGAAGACAAGGUGGUUUACACUGCAUAGGAAUGAACUGAAGUAUUUCAAAGACCAGACAGCCACAGAACCGAUUCGGGCACUUGACUUAACUGAAUGCUCAGCCGUGCAAUUUGACUAUUCCCAGGAAAGAGUCAAUUGUUUCUGUUUAGUGUUCCCACUAAGGACAUACUACCUGUGUGCGAAAACUGGAAUAGAAGCUGACGAGUGGAUUAAAAUAUUGCGAUGGAAACUGUCACAAAUACGGAAGCAACUGGAGCAGCGUAACACCACCCUCAGCUCCUAG